CCUUAGGUACACGAACAUGAGACAAGAGAGCUUGAAAAAAGAGAAGAUCCAAAAACCCAAUUAAAAAAAAAAGUCUCAAAUUCUCAAUUCGAUUUUGUAAUUUAUUGAUGUUUUCCCCAUUUUAGCACCUAUGUUUAUAAAAUUCCAUAGAGAUCUUUUUCAAGGCAGAGAGACACAAUGGCAAUGAGAUCUUCACAACUGCUACUCUAUUUUUAUUUAGUUCUCCCAUUCCUUGCUACUCUCGCCCUUGCAGCCGAUCCAUUAUUUCAGGCUAGUUGUAUAAGCACAGCGGGCAACUUCACUGCAAACAGCACUUACCAGGCCAAUCUCAACACCAUCUUCUCUCAGCUCACCUCUCUGACAGAAUUCAAUUACGGGUUCUAUAAUCUGUCUGCUGGUGAAAACCCCAGCAACAUUAAUGCAAUUGCACUUUGCAGGGGGGAUAGAAACCAAGAUGAUUGCAACAGUUGCCUCAAUGACACCAUUUCAGAGCUCAGGCAGCGAUGUCCCUUUAACAAGGAGGUGAUCGGAUGGUCUGAAUUUUGUAUGCUGCGCUACGCUAACCGAGACGUCUUUGGAGAAAUGGAAAGCUCUCCCAACGAUUGUUUAUCCAACACACAAGACGUAACGAAUGCUGAUCAGUUCAAUCAGGCAUUGGAUGUCCUGUUGAAUAAUCUGAGCAGUCGAGUCGCAGCUGGGGGUCCUCUUCGCAAGUAUGCAGCAGAUAACUCAUUGGCUGGCGAUUUUCAAACAGUAUACGCUCUAGUACAGUGCAGUCCUGAUUUGUCCGAGCAGGAAUGUGGUGAUUGUCUAACGUUGGCUAAGCAAGGGAUUGGACGUUGCUGCUUGGGGAAAAUGGGAUGCAGGGUUCUUAGUCCAAGCUGUUUCUCAAGGUUUGAGUCUAGCCUAUUUUAUCAGACUCCAAUUCCUCUACCGUCACCUCCGCCAUCUCCAACGUUUCCUCCUUCCUCUACGGGAGGAAAGGGCAAUAACGCAACUCGUACUGUCAUCAUUGUUGUCAUCAUUGUUAUUGCUUCAGUUGUUGGAGUUCUGUUACUAAUUAGCUCCUUCUGCAUCUUUCAGCGAGCCAGAAAGACCCGAGAAAAAGUUGCUACUGUUGAUGAGGUUAUUAGGGCUGAGUCCUUGCAAUUCGACUUUGCCACUGUUCAGGCUGCAACUAAUAACUUUUCUGAUGCAAGCAAGCUUGGGCAAGGUGGAUUUGGAGCUGUUUUCAAGGGUCAGCUUCCAAAUGGACAAGAGGUUGCUGUGAAAAGACUAUCCAGGAAUUCUAGACAAGGAGACCUAGAAUUUAAGAACGAGGUCCUGUUAGUGGCCAAGCUCCAACAUCGCAAUUUAGUUAGGCUCCUUGGUUUCUGCUUGGAAGGGCAUGAAAAGCUUCUUAUUUAUGAGUUUGUGCCAAACAGGAGCCUUGAUCAUUUCAUAUUUGAUCGAGCCAAGCGUGCACAGUUGGAUUGGGAACGGCGCUAUAAAAUCAUAGGUGGCAUUGCUCGUGGACUUCUUUACCUUCACGAAGAUUCUCGACUUAGGAUAAUUCACCGGGAUCUUAAAGCAAGCAACGUUUUGUUAGAUGCGGAGAUGAUUCCUAAAAUUGCAGAUUUUGGGAUGGCAAGGUUGUUUGUACUGGAUGAAACACAAGGCAAUACCAGCAGGAUUGUAGGGACAUAUGGAUAUAUGGCACCGGAGUAUGCUAUGCACGGGCAGUUCUCUGUAAAAUCAGAUGUAUUCAGUUUUGGUGUGAUCAUUCUGGAAAUUGUAAGUGGUCAGAAAAAUAAUUGCUUCCGAUAUAGGGAGGACGUGGAGGACGUUGUAAGCUGUGCGUGGAAAAAUUGGAGGGAAGGGACAGCAGAGAAUCUCAUUGAUCCAACCUUGAUAGACGGUUCCAGGAAUGAAAUGAUGAGAUGCAUCCACAUUGGAUUACUGUGCAUUCAGGAAAAUGUAGCUGACAGACCAACCAUGGCUAAAAUCAUUCUGAUGCUUAAUAGCUUAUCAAUCUCCCUCCCGGAGCCAUCACAACCACCGUUUUUUACGCACACCAACAUUAAAUCUGGCAUUUCAUCCUCGUUGGCCUAUGAUUCCAUGGUGUCUAAAAGUGAAACACUUCCAUUGUCCAAGCUUGAAGCUUCCGUUACUGAUUUAUAUUCUCAAUAGGAUUUGAGAAUUGAAUGUUAAAAUUACAAAUAUUUUGACUUAAAUUUACUCUUCUGACUCAUGCCUUCAUAUCAAAUUUUCUUUUUCCUUUUUUUAACUUAUGCUAAUAAGA